AGAAGGCGCACGAUACAAGCCAAUGGGAGACGUCAUAAACGGAGAAGGACCGAUGAAAGCAUGGUGAACUGCUACGCUGUUCGUCAGCUGUUUUGUCAAACAUCUGGAGUAGAGUAAAGUAUCUAUCAUGCACCAAAGCACGUAGCAUUAAUCUAGCAGACUCUAUUCCGCAUCGAACAUGGCUGCAUCCAAAGUUACGAGAGAGAAGCUAAGAAAAACUGGAAAUUAUCCAAGUAAAGAACCACCUACAAACGGCGAGAGAGAAUAUCGACUGGAAGAUUUUGAAUUACUCAAAACAAUUGGAACUGGUACGUUCGGUCGAGUAUGCUUAUGUCGCGAUAGGCUAAGUGGAGGUUACUGUGCUAUGAAAAUCCUUGAGAUCGCUGACGUCAUUAGAUUAAAACAAGUGGAUCAUGUGAAGAGCGAAAAGACCAUUUUAAUGCAAGCCAAGCAUCCUUUCAUCAUUGACCUGAUGUGGACAACUCACGAUGAUUAUCGUCUGUACAUGCUCUUCGAAUAUGUUUGUGGAGGAGAACUUUUUACGUACUUAAGAAACGCGGGGAAAUUUAGUAAUUCGACUGCAUCAUUUUACGCUGCAGAGAUUAUAUUAGCUUUACAAUAUCUCCACGAUCAUAAUGUGGUAUACAGAGAUUUAAAGCCCGAGAAUUUGCUGUUAGAUAGAGACGGACAUUUGAAAAUUACGGAUUUCGGUUUUGCAAAGAGGCUCCAUGACAGGACAUGGACGCUUUGCGGAACGCCGGAAUACUUAGCACCAGAGAUAAUACAGAGCAAGGGACACAAUAAAGCAGUCGAUUGGUGGGCACUGGGAAUUCUUAUAUACGAAAUGCUAACAGGUUAUCCACCUUUCUUUGAUGAUACAGCAUUUGCUAUUUAUGAAAAAAUAUUAGCUGGCAAAAUAGAAUGGCCUAAACACAUAGAUCCAGUCGCUAAAGAUCUUAUCAGAAAGUUAUUAGUUAAUGACAGAACAAAGAGACUAGGAAGUAUGAAGAACGAAGCUGAAGACGUAAAGAGGCACAGAUGGUUUAAAGGGACUGACUGGGAUGAUGUUUAUUAUAAACGUUUAAAGCCUCCUAUUGUACCAAAAGUGUGUUUUGAUGGUGAUACACAAAAUUUUGAAGAAUAUCCAGAAGGAAAUAAAGAUCGUUCUACAUCGUUAAGUGAAGAAGAUUUAGAAAUAUUUAGAAACUUUUAAUAAAAUAAAAGUUGGACCUUUUACAAACUGAAGAUUAAAGUUAUGAGAAGGGGAAAGAACAAAACUGCAGCUAUUGCAAAUUUUUUUUUAUCUUUUAAUUUCUUUCUUUUGUUCAACUGUUACUAAACUGUAGUCAAGAAAGCAAAUCAGUUUAGGAAAAUAUUUAUUUAAAAAUAAUUUUUUGUAAACUUGUUCUUUCAGCCUCCAAUAAUCCCAAGAAUUCGUCACGAUGGUGACACUCGUUACUUUGACGGAUACGUUCAGAGGAAGUUGAAAUUAAUUUUAGAAAAACCAAGUGAGAGAGAUAUAGAACAAUUUUAUGAUUUUUAAUGAAUCUCAACACUAAAACUUCUUAAAAUUUUUCAAAUAAAUUUUGUUUAUUUAUUCUGUUUUUGAUAUAGCUUAACUAUAUAAAUUUCCACUGCCAAGUACAAUAAAUUUUAAAAAUUCCAAUUUAAACAGAGCAAUGUCUCAUUUAAAAUAGAAUAAAUGAAAAUUUCACUAACAUUUUAUAAUUUUUUUUUGUUUUUUUGUCAUAUCACUUAAAUAAAAAGGGUGAAGACUAGAAUUUUGAAUUUUAAAUAUGACUGGAUAUUUUGAUAGGACACCAAUAUGUAAAUAGGAAACUGUUUUUGAAAAAUAGUAGUUUAUGUAAAUACUGAUAAUUUUGCAAAUACUAGUCCAAUGUAAAUGUAGUUUAAAUAAAUUGUUUCUCUUGCAAA